AUGUACAAAUGUGUUAAUGUUGAUAGCUUGAACGAUGAAUUUAUAGCAAAAAAAAAUUCUAUCAAUAACUUAAAUAUAAAAGAAACUAAUGGUAGAACAGUUAAAAGCAAUUACAGUAAAAAUGAUGUAGAACACAUGGUGCAGAAUGUUGAAAAAGAUUACUUAGAUCGCUUUGAUAUGCAAAAGGGUAACUUAAAUAAUAAUUACCUCUAUUUUUGUGAUAACUUAAUAGAUGAAGAUAGUAGUAAAAAUAGUGAUGUGAAUAGCAAAACGAUAGAUGAACACUUGAAGAAUUACAGUUAUAACGUAAACCCGGAAUAUGCAAUUAAUAAUAAAUUUAUAAAUUCAGAGAAAAGAGUUAAUGACCACAUAUUAAGUCUAAAUGAACAUAAAAGUAGAAUUCUGUCCAAUGAGUGUAUUAACAACAACAACAUAAAUAAAAAUGACGGUAACAAAAAUAGUGAUAUAAUUGUCAACAUGAUAAGUAAUCAUUAUAACAAUUUAAUUCGAACUACUAAUAAGGGUAUAGAAAAUAUAAACAGCAACUGUGAUGCUAUCAUUUCAAAGCAAAACUAUGAUAGUAUAUCUGAUGUUAGCAGUACUAUCUUGGUAAACAAGAACGACAUUAUUGCACACAACAAUAAUGAUUACUCUGAUUAUAAUUAUAAUAGUUAUUUUAAUUAUCUCAACGAUUACAUCUCUGCACACCAUUAUAAUAGUACUGUUAACAAUAGUGGUCAAAACAAUGGCAGUAAUAGUAGUCAUAAUUACAGAUGCAUCAACGGUAGCAACAGACGGAUCACUCAAAGUAGAAACUGCAACUAUGACAGUGAAAAAAGAGAAUGCUUUCCUUUUGUGCACGAAAGUUCAUUAAGUGAAAAUCUAAUACAUGACAACUGUGAUUACAUUAAAACGGAAAGCAUCGAUAUGCCAUUACGAGAAAAUGAGUUAAAUUCAUUAUCUGCACAAAAUGAUCAAGAGGUAGAAAAUAAAAAUUUUCAAGAAAUGGAUGAACAAGCAAAAAAUGGAAACAUACAUUUCGGAGAGAGACUUCAACUUAUUGAAAGGGAUACUACAAGCAAUCGAAUUAAAAUAUAUGACAUUUUCAAUAAUUUGAAUGUUAAAAAAAGUAACAAUACAAAUAUAGGAAUUUUAAAUUUUUUGAAAAAUAAAAAGAAGCAUAAAUACCUUUAUGAUAGUAAGGGGAUUAGAAAUGAAAAUACUGAAAACGGGAACAUAAACAAAGAUAGUCAUAGCAGAUUGUCCAAUAUUGCAAGUGGAAAUGUUAGAAGUGAAUACACUGAAUAUGGAAACAAUGCAGAGCACACUAAACCAAGUGAUCAUAACCACAAUGAAAGCAACAAUCACAACAGUAACGAUAAUUACAGCUUCAGUAUGAACAUGAGAAACAAUGAAGGUAAUAAUUACUAUAAUAGUUCUCAUGUAUUAAAAGGAUCUUUAUCCAAUAAAGAAGAUUUAAAAAACAAAAUAUUGCUUGAUCAUCACAAUUUAAAUGAAAUGAAAUAUAUAGAAAAAAAGGAACAUGAAUUAUUCAAGGAAGAAUUAGCAAAUAAGUAUAAUACAAGUUCACAUGAAACAUUGAAACUUCUGGAAAAAGAUGACAAUGGCAAUGUUAAUAAUAUAUACAAAAGUGCACUUAAUGAAUAUUUAAAAAAAAAGGAAACCAUUUCAGAUGAAUUUAAUAAGGACAGUUCUGUAAAAAUACUUCAGAAAAAUCCCUUCAGUUUCUAUCAUUAUGUAAAAGAGAAUCCUGAUAAUGUAUCCCAAAUGCCUUGUCAUAAGGGUAAACAUGGUAGUAGUAAAAGUAGCUGCAUUGAUAAUAAGGGUAACGAUAAAGUUAAAAGAAAUAGUGGAAUCAACAGGAUCGACGACAAUCAUGACUAUAACCAAAGAUAUCUCAACCAUGAAAGUGUGAUUAGAAAUGGAAGCAAUGAAAGUGUGCUCAGAAGUGACAGCCAUAAAAGCUUGCUCAGAAAUGAAAACCAUAAAAGCUUGCUCAGAAAUGACAACCAUGACAACAGCAACGGCUACCCGUGCGUUAACCCAGCCAACAAGAAAAGUCCAAUGCCAAGUAAUGCAGCACCCAAUAUUAAUGACAGAUCUAAAAUUGAUAAAAGAGGGGCAGAUAUUUUUAAAACAACAUUGCAAAAACAGAAUAAUAAUUUUAAUCAUAAUACAAAGAAAAGUAUAAAAACUGAUUCAUUUAACAAAAAACAAAAAAUGGAUGGCAAGGAAAUCAUGCUAGAGAAGGAUGAAAAUUACUGCAAAAAAGGAGUAGAUAGUGAUAAAGAAUCUCAGUUUAAUACAAAAUGGAAUGGACAUGUUACUUACCUUCACGAGGAAAAUAAAAAAAAUGAAAAAAUGAAAACGAAUGAAGAAUUAUCAAGCAAAUACAUUUCAUCAUAUUCCAAAUCAUCAGAAGGUAGCUCUAUCAAAUGCUUUUCAGAAUCCAAAAAUAGAGUAACCAGGAACAUUCGCAAAUGCAAAAUUGUGCGAGAUAAAGAAAUCAAAAGUGCUAUCGAAAAAAAGUAUAAUAUCAAAAGAAAAAUAAAUAUCAAAGAAAAACAAGAAAAUGAACAGUUCCAUCCAAGCGGAAGUAAUUCGUUAAUUGAUUGCAUGAGUUGUAUUUACGAGGACUCGAAAAAUUACAAUUUUGUUGAUAGAAUUAUACACAACCACGGUAACCAAAAGAAUGCGAGUCCAUACAAUGCUAGUGUCCAUAACUCAAACCGUAGCAAAAUUUGUACAAAUAAUAAAGCAGUAGAUAUUAAUGCGAUUAUUCGGAUAAAUAAGGAUCGUUAUAGCGAAUCAGAAAUACUUAUAGGACAAAAUAAUUGCAAAUGUGAGCUGGGGAAUACAUCCAUGCUAUAUGUGAUGAACAAGAAGAAGAACAAGAAGAAGAAGAAAAAAAAAAAAAUAAUAAAUAUAAAUAAAAAUAAAAAGGAUAGUGGGAGCGAACCUUACAACGAAAGCGAUAGUAACAAUGCGGAAAGAAAUUAUUAUAAAUAUAAAAAUGACAUAAAACCUGAAGACAAAUUUUUGAAAAGCAAACAUCGACGACGCACAUCGUGUAGUGAUAAUUGCAGGAAUUGUAAAGACAUUGUUGAAAGCAACAAUAGAAAAUAUCCAAACGAAUGUAACACUUUAAAAAAAGGUAAUUAUAACAACAGCGACAAUGAUGAUGUAGGUGAUGAUGAAAAUGAAAGGGAUAAUAGUUAUUAUGACACAGAUGAAAAUCACGUCGCAAGUAAUGUGAUCCGUUCAAAAAAUCCAUAUAACCUGGAUGUGGCUAGCGAUUCCAAUGAAAUGGAUAGUGAUAGUAACGAAGAUAAUGAUUAUGACAAGUAUGAUAGAUGUGCAUAUUAUGACAAGCGUAGCAGUUGUGAUAAACAUUGCGGUUGUCACAUUCAUCCAAAUAAUGAGAGGUAUUGCAAGAAUGACAACUGCAUUAACUAUAGUAGAGAUAAAAGUGAAAAUAGGGAAAAUUCAGAAAAAUGGAAAAAUUCUCAGAAAUAUAAUGAUAACAUCAUUGUGAAGAAUAAAAAAAAAAGAAAAAGUAACAAAGAGGAAUUGUUAAAAGCUGAAGAAAGAAAUGCACAAGAUCAAGUUCAUUCAUCAGAUAAUGAGAUGAAUAUUUUAGACAAGUCCAAAAUAAAGAAAAAAUCAAAUUAUAUCAUUUCGAAUCAUGAACAAUGUGUCUGUUCAAUCCAGGCAGAUGAAACAAGUAACAAGGACGAUUUUAUUAACACAUGUAAAAAUGUAUGUUACGACAAAGGAAAUAAUAGUAAGAAAUUUUUUCUCAAAAAGAGAGAAAAUCAUAACGCGAGUAGUAGCAGUAGUAGUAGUAGUAGCUUCAAUCCGUCGACUAAUGAAAAAUACAAGGAUUAUGAAAUUCAAUAUAAUAAUUCCGUUCCAAAUAAAUCUUUUCAUAUGAAAGAGGAGGAAAUUCAAGAAAUGAACUCUAUAAAGAAAACGCAUAGAAGGUCCCAAUGCAUUAAUCUUAUUGGUAUUAGAAAUAUCAAGGAAACAAACACAAACAAUAGCCGUAAUAAUCAAAGUCCAAGUAGUAGCACGCACAGUGGCAUGAGUAAAAUAAGCAACAGAAGCAACAAUUUGGGUAGUAAUGAAAGUCAUAAUUUAAAAGGGAAAAUACGAAUGAAGAAGAAAAAGGAUUAUCAUAAUAGUCAAAAAACUGAAUUAAGUUUUUUUAAUUGUAAUGAAAUGAACAAAAGGCAUAAGCGAAAAAGUACAAUUUUUGUUAAAGGAACGGAAAAUUCGGGUAUAGAAAAUGGAGAAGAAAAUGCCACUGAAAAUAAAGUCAAAAAUGAUACUUAUAUCCAUCAUAAUAUAACAGAAAAAAACAAAAAAAAUAAUAUUGUCAGAAAUAAAAAUAACAACGGAGAACAUGAAGAAAACUCAAGAAAAGCAUAUAGCACCUAUCUUAACCCAUUAAAGGACAAAAUUAGGAUCUUGAAAAACUCUAGUAUCAUUCGCAAUAGUAACGCAUCCUCUGAUAGAAGUAACAAAAAUUUUUGUCUUCCAAAUGAUAGCAAAUGUGUAAGACGAUCGAGUCUCAUAUCAGUGAAAAAGCUAGCCCCCGAUGGGGCUGAACAAAUUUGUGCCAGUGUGAAGAAUGAAAAUGAGCACAAAAAUGAAAUGGAAAAUGAGCACAAAAAUGAAACGGAAAAUGAGCCCAAAAAUGAAAUGGAAAAUUAUGAGCAAAAUGAAAAUUUUUCAGAAAAUGCAACCAAAGUAAAGAGUACAAAAAGUAGCACAGGCAAAAAUGGAAAAGGAGUAAUGGAGAAAAAAAUAAGCAAAAAUGAUAUUAACAUAAACCAUGGCUACAUAAAUCAUGCAUCAGCAGAUGACCAAGGUAUAUCGAUAUCAAAGUGUAAAACUUAUGCAUCUGAAAAGAGUAAAAGCACUAAGAACUCCCUAAGUAUAGACUCCUCAAAAAGAACAAAGACUGAAGAACUUUACAUUAAAUAUAAUGAUGAAUUUGUUAAUACCUCCCAAAGUAUGUACUCAAUUAAGAAUAAUACGUCCAUGGGAGAAGGGAAUUUAAAAAACAGGAAUACACAUUUGAAAUAUAUUUCUUCAACAAAUAACAUAAAAAAUAACGCUGUAAAUUUGUUUAGAGGAAAAUAUCAUAUCAAUCAAAGCAAAGGAUAUGAAAACGAUAAUUAUGAAAAUUUAAUUACACAUGAAGAAAUAACCCCAGGUAAUAAAAUACUAACAAAAGAGAAACAAAGUAUGAACAAAUAUUUAGCACAAGAUAAUAGCAAACAAAAGAAAUCACAAUUUUUUUUCAAAAAUGAGAAUGAAAUUUGCAACAUUUCGAUGUGUAGUAAUGAAGAUAAAUUAUCGAAAAAACAAAAACAUAUGUUAAAUAGGACCAGUAUUAAUCCAAAUAAUUCCAAUGGAAAUGCCUAUGAGGAGUACAAAAUGAAAGAAAUUAGGAGUGAAGACAAUAUAUACAAACCAUCGGAAUAUUUCGAACACAAUAAAACUAUUGAAGAUGAUAAAAGUAAAAACAGAAAUAUUUCAAAUGAUAAUAUCGCUUAUAAAAAAAUCUAUCAAAAGGAAUCAGACGUUUUUUUAAAGGAUAAUUUAAACACGCAGUGUAACAAAAAAAUUAGCACAUUGCUAACUUCACAUGAAACGAAGAAAAAUGAUGAAUGCUUAAAUAUAAGAGCAAACACAAAUGCAAGUAUAAACAUGAAUUGCAAAAAUGAGGAAUUGUAUAUACAAUCAAACGAAAAUAUAUACGUACACAAAUUGCAAGUUCAUCCAACUAAAUAUAGGGAAAAUGGAAAUUAUAAAAAUAUAAAAGAAAAUCCUAGUACUGAUGACGUAAACAGUGAAAUAUUUCAUGAAAUAAGGAGCAGCCAUUUUUUUACCUCGAAAGAAAAGGAAGAAGUGCGUAAUAUCAACAAAAAGAAUGUUAUUAUCAAUCCACAAAUAGCAGAUAAUGAAGGACAAUCUGAACACUUAACAAAAUCAUCUCAUAAUAAAUCCCAUACAUAUAGAACGAAUGCACAUCAAGAAGAGGAUGAAAGGGAAGGAAACUUAGCCGAUAUGGCAAAGGAUCACAUUGGAAUCCAUAAAAAUGUAGGAAGUUAUAUUCCUCAUCCAAUUUUUUUAUCAAAGCAGAUGAAAAGCACUCAAAGGAGUGUAGAAAAAAAUCCCUUUUACUUAAUUUCAAAUACAAAGGGUUCAAAUAUAGAUUCCAGAAUAAAUUUUUACAAAACAAGUUCCAAUACGCAUAACGAAAUGGAGAAAAUAUAUAUUAAUAAUUCCACAACCCCUAGUAACAUAAAAAUCGAAAGAAAAGAAUACGAUGCAAAUAACGUUAAUCCUUUUAAUAGAAUAAAGCAGAAAAUUUUUGAACACGCUAAGUUAAAUGUCUGCUCAAAUAAAAACGAUUUUGAAAAAAAUGCAUACGAUAUGAAACGAACAAAUAGUAUAGAAUCAGAAGAAGAAGGAAAAAAAAAAAAAAGGGAUCCACAGGAAACAUAUACCAAUAGAGACCUCUGUAAUAAUGAUGAAAAUAACCAAAGAGGCAUACACAUUACAGGUACUCCCUUUUCAGACAUGAGUGCUAACAUCAAUAUACCAUUUAAAAACCAUGUAGGUUUGUAUAAUAACCAUGUCAUUACACCGAAUGACUUUUUGAAAGAUGUACAAAACAGGAACAGUUUAAUUUCAUGUGAUAAAAAUAAUCUUAGUGCUCAUAAUGCAUGUAAUGAAAAGAAGUGUUAUAGAGAAGACAUAGGUAUUGAUAAUGCUACCAACAUCUAUAUUAUCAAUGCAUCUAAUGAGGAAUAUAACAAAUGUGUGCACAUGUACAACCCCUUUAUGAAUACAUAUUUGGAUGGCCAGUCUUCCCUAAAUGAGGUUCUAUUCAUAAACAAAGGAAAUUGGAAUGAAUCUCAUAAUACAAUUAACAAAGUAUCAACAUUAAGAUUAGACAACACUGUUUCGCUAGAUUUUUCAAAUAUUAUAAAAAACUAUAAGGAAAAAUCGGACAAUUAUCUUAACAAAAAAUACUUACAGGACUUAGAUAGAAUUAAUUUUUUAAUUCAAGAUUUUACAAAUACCUAUUCAUGUAAUGAUAAUUUGAAAUCCAUUUUUCAACUUAUUCAAUACGAAAUUGAAAAAACGAAGAGGGAAAGUCAAUACUUUUACCAAGACCAAAAAUAUUUAGUUUUUACCAUGCCUCUAAAUUAUGUGGAAAACAAUUACAAUAGCUGUUUUCUGGUGAAUAAUAAAAAAGAACCCUUAUGCGAACAUAAUCUAGAUACAUAUUUUUUGCAAAAUUUCGAAACUCAGUCAAAGGUUCAGUAUAACAAUUGCAGAAAUAACAAAGAACAAGAGAACGUGAGGAAAUCAUGUAAAUUAGUAAAGAACUUUAAUGGGAUGUUACAAUCAGACCGUGUUCAUAAUAAUUAUGUUAGUUAUGACAGUUACUUGAAGAAGUGCUCGCAGGAGAUGCGUAGAACCAUAUGCAUGAACACAUCAAGCAACGGCUCUUCCCCUAGCAAUACUACCUCCACUCUUACAGCAGCUUAUUGCAACAACAACAACAACAACAAUAGUGGUAAUAAGGUAUCCAAAAACAGUCGUUGCAUUAUGAACCAGUUCAAAAAAGACAAACAAAGCAAAUACUACAUUCAGAAAAAAAGAUGUAACAACAACACGAAUGAAACUAUUUUAUCCAAAAUGAACAUAUUUAUUAUAAGACAUAACAAUCAUGUGUAUAAAUUUAAGUUAAACCAUAAUUUUAUGCUAAAUUAUAGUGAUCAAUUAUGCAAUAAAAAAAAUGGAAAUUUUUUCAAAUUUCAUUAUUUAUUUAACAAAAUAUUUUUGAAAGGAGAUUACAACAAAAGAAAUGUCCUACUUAAUGAUGGAUCCAUAAGGUGUACAGACAAUAUAAUUCAUAGUAUGGAUAAUAACUUAGGAGAUGAUACAAAUAAUGUAGUGUCCCUAAUCACACCUAAUAACGCUGAUGAAAACAUCUACAAUCUUGUGCAAAAUAAUGGUCAAACGAAUAUAGAUGAACUUUUCAUUUCAGAUGAUGAAGUAAAUCUUAUUUAUAUGUAUAAUAACCAUAGAAAUGAGAAGGUAUAUAGCUUAGAAAAAUUGGACCUAUUAAAAAAUGAAAAUCCCACGUUGUGUACUCUUAAUGAUUGCACUACUACUGGGCAGAAUAACUAG